UUCAGUUUGUUGUUGUGUCUAAUCGGAAACUGAUUGUAACGGGCGUAAUUUAAGAAUUAUUCUCAAUUUUACAAAAAAAAGAUUAAACCUAUGAAGAAUAAGUUGAAAAUUUGUGUCUAGAUAUGUUAGUGUCUUGUCUUGUGUAACAUUUUUGUACAAACAAUUGUUAGUGUUGCGAUGGAUCCCUUCACUCAGCGUAUGUUAGAACGAGCGCGUGCCAGACAAGAGAAAAUUGAUCAAAAGCUUGCUAAUUCUGGUCAAUCCGUACCAAAGAGAAAGCCGUUAGCCGAAAAUCUACUCAAAACUAACUCUUCUCCAGUAAAAUCACCUUCUAAGCCCGCCAGAGAGUCAAUCACAUCACCCAAACGCUCAAUCAAGGAAACUGUUAACUGUAAUACGCCAGUAAUAAAGAGGGUGAUAGAGAAAUCGGAUCGAAAAGCCUCAUCAGCCCAGAAGGUUAAAAACGAUGUUAUAGUGACGAAGAAGGAGUUCAAAAGUCCAAACCGUGGCAGUUUGACUAGAAGAAACUCCGAUGUUUCUGUUGAAAUUAAUAUUUCACACAGAAAUGACAUUCAAAUUGAAGUCCAAGUGGAGGAAAGGGAUGCUCCUAUAAGCAUUGUAUAUGACUCUUCGUUAGAAAGGGGCAGUAAUGUACAAAUUACAGAAAUUGAAGGAACCAGUCCCAAAAAGCUAAUGACAAAGCCAGAUAUGGCCGAUAAUAAGACUGAUAAAACAAAUGUAAGAACAAACUUUAAAUCAAGACUGGAUCGACUUGGGAAUUUAUAUUCUGAUACACCUAACCUAUCCUCACCAAUACAUAGAACAGAGCUAGAGUUCUCAGCGGCAACUCCACCUGCAGAGAACAUUAGAAAUGAAUCCAAACAAGACGGUAAAAAGAAGUUUGGACGGCUAGCUGCACUCGCUGAUCAGAUUAACAAUUGGGAAGACGACUUAAGUCAUCAUAGCUUUCAACCCGAACCAAAAAAAGUUACUCAAGUCAAAAAGAAAGAGAGAGAAGAUAAGUUGGAUGCAUCAACACUUGAUGUUUCUAUACAUUCCAUCAAUGACAUAAACACGGUGCUCAAAACUACUAAGGCAAUGCCUAAAAAAAACACCGAACCAAGAAACAAAUGCCAGCGACUUGAUGACCAGAUAGUAGCUGAGUUGGAGGGUGAGGGGUACCGCCGCGUCUCGGCCACCCAAUCGCGGCUCGUAUACGAUUUCGCCCCGACGAAACACGAACGUAACCGACAGGAGCCGAGCGCUGCAUCCACAACCCCCAGUGCACAUCCAGCCCCCAUCAUGGCAACCGCGGUGGCCGCGCCGCCGGCUGUCACGAAAAAACCGUCUAUUAAAAAAUACAAAGCCCCUACACCGCCUCGAGAGGAAAGCGAAAAGGACAAAGAGAACUUAGUAGACGAAACGAAUGAAUGCAAAGCAAAGGAGACGCCGGCUAGUCCAGCUGUGAAGAGGUUAUUGCCGAAACCAAAUGUUGACAGAAGUUCUGUGUUAUCGAAAGCGGCGAUGUUCGAAUCGGGCAGCCCCAAGGCGAGGGAUCCCGCUGAAAUGACCCUACGGGAAAGGAAAGCUCUAUUCGAAAAGAAUAAAGGGACUAUUAUAGUACCUAAAGCUCCCUUCGGACUUGCGCCUUCGAUGAAAACACUGCACGGUGACAAAGCUAAACCAACGCCAGCGAAAACACAAAAACCAAAAAGUACGGAAAGCUCGCGAACUAAUUCCAAAGACAGUCUCACUGAGGACAAUAUCAGUCAAAGCUCAGUUGGUGGAGGGAUAAAAGACAAACUGGCUGCCUUGUUCAAUAAAGAGCAGACGAUAAGCGAGACGACAAUAGCAAAUAAGUUCAAGCAAGAGAGGGAGAAAGAGAUGGAGAUGCUGCAGAAUAGAUUUCAUUACAAGCAACCCCCUCCACCAAAGCCGGACGAUUCUGAUGAUGAUGAAAAUGAUCCCUCGGAGAAGGCACCUCUCAUGGGCAGCACCAGUAGCCUCUCUCAGAUUAGAAAACCUGAGAUUAUAAGUAAUGUGCCCAAACCUGAUAUAGAGGAGGUAAAGGAAGAUGAUAAAGCAGCACAGCCGGUUAAACGUAGAAGUUCUCAACAGGACUCACCCGUAGUCCUAUCUGUACUAGAGGACGUUAAAAGGAUCAAAGUGAACAAUAAAGAGAAUGGUGCAGUGGUACAACAACCAACCAGUCUAUACCCACGCCUCUCAGACAUAGAAGCAGACACGCAAGAGGAGUACUCUGACUGUGGUGGCUCUAGCGAGGAUUUGCCUGCGAAGUUAAAUAAAUCGGACGAUUGGGGCGAAACAUCGUUUGGCCGGGAAGUUAUGAAUGUGGUUAAGAAAAACAAUACAAGCUACAAAAAAGCUGUUCAAAGUGAUAGCGAACAAAGUGCAUGUGACAGUGAGUUAGAUGAUUUGUUAGACGAAGCAUUGAACGAGGGACCCACCCCGCCCAAAGUUAAUAAGGUGAAUGAGCCGGCGUGCCUCUCAUCAUCAAGUUUCGUGUACCAGGUUCGAGCGCAGUUCAAGUCUCCAUUAAAGAACCAGCCAGCGGCCACUCCAACCAGGCACGACAAGGGCAGCGAGCUCGUGCACAGCGUCAGCUUUUACAGGCGAAUGCAAGCGUCGAGCACACCAUCGACACCAAUGCGCGUCGUUCGUCACACAUCACCUGAGCGCGAGGCCCCUCCUACGUCUGAAGUGCCGAACGUCACUACUGUGCGUCAGCGCAUCAAGGAGCUGCAGGGCGAGAUAUCGAAGCAGCAGACUGUUAUAUCACAGGCAAGUCAAGCAUUAAAUCUUUGCGCCGCUACGAUAGAAUUCAGUGGUUCAACGGAACAAGCUGAAGGAGAGAGACUACUAUUAUUAGCAACCCACCGCCGUCAAGCCUGUCUCCAUGAAAUGCAGAGGUUGCAGGUGGAGGGCGCUGGGCCUGCAGCCACAGCUGGGAUGGCCUCACUCCACAUUCACAACAUUCGCGUGCCCCUACGCAGGGAUUAUAUCAGACAGCUGCAUGCCGAUGGCGCUGUGGGCCACCACGCAGUGUGUCUUCUCAAGUGCCGAGACAGAGUAUUGGCAAGUAGUAUGCAACUGACUAAACCCAACGCUCCGCUGAACUUCCCUGAUGAAAUCAGUAUGGACGGUUUGGCGAGCGACUUUAAGGUUACCGUCGAAGUAUAUUUACUGCAAGCCUCGAAAGAAGUUUUGCCACAUGACGUCAAAUAUCAUAUUUCAAAUAAAAAGGGCAACUCAAAACUCCUAACACCGAAGUCAAAAGUGUCAGAAUUGAAAGCGCCCAGAGUACAAAGUCCGGCGGGACCCCACAGUGUGCGGACACCACAAUUCCAGCUUCACGGAUAUUGUAUAUUCGCAUUACAGCAAGCCAAUAGGAAGAGUUUUACGCUUAACAAGGUUCCCAGUGGUAGUCCGCUAGAAGGCAACAUACACGUAGAUAUACGUGCGCGCGUACGCGUUUCGGCCCCGCCCCCUCAUGCGGCCUUUCUGACCGCCUUUGAUGACGUCAGUGGUCUAGGGGCGUGGCACAGACGCUGGUUCCGUUUGCAACCGCCUAUGCUCUCCUACUGGAAAUACCCUGAUGAUGUUCAGAAGAAAAUGCCAAUCGGUGAUAUAGACCUAACAACCGUCACGUCAGACCGGGUCACAAGAGCCCCCAGGGACCUCUGCGCCAGGCCUAACACUAUCCUGCUCGAGACAUCGGUGCCUGCCGGUCUCAUUGUUCCAGAUACGGGCUCCCUCGUGUACUUUAAGGGUUCGGAUGGGGUUGUGAGGAGGCGACAUCUGUUGGCCGCUGACACGCCGAAAGAUAGAGAUUUGUGGUUAGAGAUGCUGAAUAGUGCGUUGGAGUACGUGAGGUGCUGCAUCGAAGAAGACGAGUAAUUCAAAGUUAAUGCCAGUUUUGACCGAAAUGUCAGCUGAGGAUAGUUGUUCCAAAUAAAUUUGUCGAUAUAACCCGAGAACAUUAUUUAAUUUUUUUUUUAAUGUUAACAAUUGAAGAAGGUUUUAUAUCAUAAAAUUUUAAUUGUUCCAAUUCGAUAUUUGGAAACUAAUUUGUAUUACUUUAGGUUACCAAACUUUUACUGUUUUAUAACAAGUUAAAAUUCAGUUUAUUGAAUAACUUUUUGGCCAAUUUCAUAUAAAGUACUAAUUAGGAAUAUUAGUUUUUAGGGAUUUGCGAGAAAUACGAUAAUGCAAUUUAGGAUAUUUAUAAUUAAAAAUUAGAAUAAAUAUAACCUUAUAUCAAUAACAAGUAUUUGUGGAAUUCAUAUUUGCUCUGCCCUUUUCUAAAUUGCAUGUGACAGAUAAAGCUAACAAUCUUUUGUUCAAAGAUUAAUUCUAAAUUAUCUAAUUUGUAUUAAUAAUUUAAUUUCCAUAUAUUAGCAGUUUAGAAUUUCUUUGAAUUUUCCAUUGUUUCAUUAUUUUCUUUAAAAGUCACAUAACGAUAUUUUAUCCAUAACUGAAAUGAAUUAUUUCCAUGUAUUAAUUAGUUUUGUGUAUAAUUUAGAAUUA